CCGGGUCGGCGGGGCGGCUCGCGCCUUCUUCCGCGCUCGCGGAGGGCCCCGACGGGUCCUGGCGGGGGUCGCGGGCGGGCCGCGGGCGCGGGCAGGAUGCGGAAGCCCGACGGCAAGAUCGUGCUGCUGGGGGACAUGAACGUGGGCAAGACGUCGCUGCUGCAGCGCUACAUGGAGCGGCGCUUCCCGGACACGGUCAGCACGGUGGGCGGCGCCUUCUACCUGAAGCAGUGGCGCUCCUACAGCCUCUCCAUCUGGGACACGGCGGGGCGGGAGCAGUUCCACGGCCUGGGCUCGCUGUACUGCCGAGGGGCGCUGGCCGUGGUGCUCACCUACGACGUCAGCCACCGGCAGAGCCUGCGGGAGCUUGAGGAGCGCUUCCUGGGCCUGACCGACUCGGCCAGUGCCGACUGCCUCUUCGCCCUGGCGGGCAACAAGCUGGACCUGUGCCAGGAGGGCCGGGCGGGGCCGGGCCGGCAGGUGUGGCCCGAGGACGCGGCGGCGCUGUACCGGCGGAUCCUGCGCUACCGGCUGCAGGACGAGAGCGCGGCGCCUGCGGCCGAGCAGAUGUGCUUCGAGACCAGCGCCAAGACGGGCCACAACGUGGACCAGCUCUUUGAAACCCUGUUCGACCUGGUGGUGCCCGUGAUCCUGCGGCACCAGGCCCAGGACCCCCCCCACACCGUGGACCUGGGCAGCAGCCGGCCGGCCCGCCGGCCCCGCCCGGGCUGCUGCGCCUGAGCCUGGAGACCUGGGGGGCCCCUGUGUCCCCGCGGCCUGGGGGGUGCACACGGGGGCGGUGCAGGGCCGCCCAGCCCCGAGGGACCCUCAUUAAAGCGCCUCGCUGUG